GUCCAACAUGGCCGCAACCAAAGCUUCCAUGGUUUGCUUUGACUCAUGCGAACAUCAUGGGCUUUAAUGACCUCAUGCACCCGAGAAAUAUCUACAGAAACGCUCCACCAGAUUUCAAAGUGCUUGGUGAAAAAUUCGACUACUUUAGGAAGCAUACGAAGGAAACCAAACCCGGACGAUUCACUUUGAAUUUUAAAAAUCCUGAGGCGCUGCGAGCUUUAACUUGCGCUUUGCUCGAGCAUGACUUCAAGAUCAAAAUCAGCAUCCCAUUAGAUCGACUUAUCCCCACAGUGCCUCUUCGGCUUAACUACGUCUUGUGGAUCGAAGAUCUUCUCUCAUGCCUUUCAGAAGAUCACUGUCACGCAAUUGUGCGUGGGUUUGACAUUGGUAAGAUCACGAAUUUCUCAUUUAGUCUCCUAAUAAAACGCGAUUAAACCGUUUUCGAAACUAUAGAAAGGGAAACCGAUCAUUUUAUUAACAGUUUUUCUGUAAGACAAAUAAUCUUUUUUGAUGGCUGUAUUUUGUGGGUGGGUUUUGAUUGCAUUCAUCGCCUGCGUAACAGCCAGCUAGCAACGCAGGCUAUUGAAUUCUUGUUAUCUGUAGCUUAGGAAGUGUCACGCAAUAAUAAUAAUAAAUGUUUGCGAUCAGCAACGAGUAAAAAUGGUAAUGUUUUGGUGGAUCAUAAGCAGAACUGAGUUGUGGUGGAUCAAUUUCUUAAAUUAUAUUUUGUUGCUUUCAUUAAUUGCAAACAAAAUCUCUGACCAAUCUUCACAUUUUCCUCCCUCAGUUCACUGCAACCCGCCCCCGCCCCCCAACCCUUAAUCUUUUUGCUGGGCCUUUGUUCAGCAUUUGUUGCAUUAAUUUAAUAGACUAUGUGGUGAAAAAAUAAAGCCAUUCUUGCCUUAAUAACCUAACUGUGUUUUCAGAUAUGUUUUUUUGUUUUUAAUUUUGCCAUUUUGUGUUAUUUUGUACUAGGAUCAGGUGCCUCCUGCAUCUAUCCACUGUUAGGUGCUAAACUCAACAACUGGCGUUUCUUGGCAACUGAGGUAGAUGACUUGUCAGUUUCAUAUGCUGUAGACAAUGUGAAAAGCAAUGGCUUGGAAAAUAAUAUUAAAGGUAAGAAAGCCUUCAUGCGCACUGUAGAUUUUGCUGACUAGUUUUAAAGAUUACUAUCCAUGAUACAUUAAUUAACUGGAGUGUGAAAAAUUAGACAAUGCAGCUCAUACUUGUGAAAAAUUUCUGGAAGAGAUAGCAUCCCCCAUUCCAACCAGAUUGUCCAGAAAAUUUUUGUGUCAUUUGGAAAACCAUGGUCAGUCUUUGACAACCAUUCUUCCCCCUAUUUUGCUCUUUUUUACCGGUUAAUCCCAACCUUAUGGCAAAAAAUAAUAUGUCAACAAUAUCACCUUUGCACUGGGAAAACAACAUUGUCCAUAAGGAAAAAUAAUAAUUCUAGCAUUUUUCAGACCAGCUAAAAAUUUCAUAUUUUCAUUUAGUGAAACAGGUAACCAAUGACAACUAUCUCAAGAAACCCAUUGAAGAGGAAGACAAUAAAGAAUUUGAUUUCUGCAUGUGCAAUCCACCAUUCUUUAAGAAUGAGUUUGAGGCUUCUCAUGGGGUAACACGCAGCACCAAACGUCCUCAGCCUAGUGGUGUGUGCACUGGAACAGAAACUGAAACUGUUGCUGGAGGGGGUGAGGUGGAAUUUGUUAAAGAAAUUAUCAAAGACAGCCUCGUUAUGAAAGAGCAAAUCAGGUAUUGUGACCCAUGGCUGUAAUGCACAUGUAACUGGAUUACUGCAAUAUUUAUUUCGAACAAGAGUUUCUGUACUUAACUCAAAAAUAAAUUACAUUUUCUUUUUUUUCUUGCUGUGAGAGAUCUCUGCUAGCAGAGAACAAUUCAACACCUAUUUUCAUUUAUUUCCUGUUAAUUCAAUAUAAAAUAAGACCUAUGUUUGAUGUGUUUAUUGUGUUCUGUGCAUAAUGAUCAAACAGUGGUCUGUGAUUUAAGUGCUAAAUUAGACUCUUUUCUUUAAUUUUUAGCUGGUACACUACAAUGCUUGGCAAGAAGUCAAGUGUUGCCCCUAUUCUUGCCUUUCUCAAAGAAAAUAAUGUAAGUAGAGUUAUGAUACAUAUCUGUAUCAAAACAAGAUCAUGGUUGCGCAUCUAGCACAGGCUUAAAAAAUCUACCUUGCAAUUUUUUUUUGAGGAGGGGGCGGGGGUGAGGAGUGGGCCGGGAGGGGGUUUGGAAGGGAAGGCAGCAGCAGUCCCAUUCCCCCCCCCCCCCCCCCCGCCGGGGGAGAAAAACAAACGCGGAGGGGAAAAGAAACAGAGAAAACGGAAAAGAGAGGUUAAAAAGGAACCCACCAAAAUAAACCACAAACAAAAGAAUAUACAUUUUUUUUUAAAUUUUUUUUUGUCACAUGUAAAAAACACAAGAGAUAAGAAAUGUUAAUUAUCUGUUAUAAAAAAUAAAAAAUAAGAAGUCGGAAAAAAAAAAUGUUUAUAAAAAAAAGUAAUCGGUCAGUAGAGAUAAACAGAGGUAAAAAAUAUAUGCCUCUGAUUUUUGUUUGGCGGAGGGGGAGGGGUGGAAGAGUGCCCGUGUCGGGGUUUGUGAAAGAAAGAUUAAAAACUCCCACUUCCCCCCCACCCCCCAUCAGGUGGAAUUAAGAAAGCCCAGUGAUAGAGCAAUUAUGUCAGGAAGACUGAAAUGCAUGCUUAAAAGAGAUACUGGCAAAACUAUCUAGCAAGUAUUGAAUAGUUUAUUUUAUGAUUAGUUUUGCCUUGCCAGAGUAAAUCAAUCACAGGUUAAGGACAAGUGAGACUUACUUCCUACUUACUUCUUUUUCCUGUAUGCAGUUAGCCAAUGGCUUCAAAAAUCCUGCAGAUCGUUUGUAUACACUAAGAGAGACCAUUUCUAAUUUCAAAUACUUUUUUUGUUUCCAACCUGUCAACAGUCAGUCUCUUUUUCUCCCUCAGAUAAAGACUAUAACAACCACUGAGUUUUGCCAGGGGCACACAAUGCGCUGGGGUGUGGCCUGGUCAUUUUUACCUGAUGUGGUCAUGCAGGUAUGGUAGGAUUUUGGUAGGACAUUUACUAUUGGUAGGACAAACUAUUCUUUUGAUUCAUAAUCACCCUUAAUCUUAUCCCUUUACUCUGUACCACCAGUUGCAAGUUAUCUUAUUUUGCUACCAGCAUGUUUAUCUGUGCUUGGACUAGUUGCAUUUCUUGUGUUCAUGUAUAUUCGCCUCAUGUAAGGGAAUCCAAGACAGUCUUGGAUUCUGGAUUCCCCCUACUGGAUUUCGGAUUCUUUGUCAGUGGAACUUAGAUUCCGGAUUCCAAUCGUUUGAGAGAUACUGGAUUUUUUGAGCUUUCUCCAGAUGUCAAAGCCUAGGAUCCGGAUUCCAUAAGCCAAAGUUCCCAGAUUCCGUGAUUAAAAUAACUUACCCUCUAUGCUCUUUCCUCUCCUUCAGGAAUCUCCUUCAAAACGCCGUAAAAAAGCAAAAAAGGCAAAGCCUCUUCAGCUGAUUAUUCCUAAUGAAGUUACAGCCACAGAGACAGGAUGCGACAAGCAGCUUAAACUAACAGACAGAGUGAAGGCAAUAGUAGAUUAUAUCAGGAAGACACUGUAUGAGUUAAAGGUAAGUACCUCCCUGUGUCUGGUAAUCCCUGCGCAAAAUUGGACCCUAUUCAUUUUAACCGAAAGGUUAAAAAUUGUAAGUAUAAUGUUGCGAGCAGACGCGGGGCAGUAAAACAUCGUCUGAGAGACGAUGAACUGACAUACACAUUUUGCUACUUACAGACCCUUUAAUUGGGUCAGUGAAUAGUUGUGGGAUAAAGGACUACUUGGGAGUCUUACAAUCACGAGUUUUUCUGUGAUUUGGGUCUUUAUUGGCUAGUUUUUUUACCCAUACGAAAAUAACUGUGAAUCUGUUUGCGCGCGCCAAAAUGUGAGAAACUUAGCGCAAUUAGACAAACCUCUUGGUCUUGGAUUGGCAAUGUAGGACAUACGUGCUAAAAAUUAUUCUGACAAACGUUAAUCUGAUUUUAUGCCGUGAUAGCAACAGGACACCCAAGGAACCACAGAGGACCCAAAGAUAAGUGUACUGCUCGCCUGGGGGCUCGUAGCAACUAUGAAACUCUGUGAUAAUUAGUGGGAUGAAUGAUGAAAAUUUGUUCUCUUGGAGUUAUGGCUUGAUGCAACUACGCGAUUAAGAGCCUAGCCUGUCCCAGGCUAUCAGCCAGUGAAGAACAAGCCAAAAGAACAAUGAGUGCAUGAAAAAACUGGGAGCCUGGAACAGGCUUGUAUGAGUCUAGUCAUCCCAUAUUACGUCGUACAUAUUUAAGUCCAACUUGCUAGAACACUCCUUUAGUUUUCUCUGUGGCAGGUCUCGUGAUCCUUAUAAGGGGAAUCGUUCGCUUCAUCAUUCGCAUGUGGGAAAGCUGCCCUACUUGUCUUUAAUAAUUUAGCUUAUAUUUCAUACUUUAGAAUACUCAGUUGAAUAUUUUAUGUUGCAUUCUAUCGUUAAGGUUGCUGUGACUGAAGAGCAUGAUGAAACAGACAAAUCAGCUGGGGUAUUGACUUUCCAUUGUCGUGCCUCAGACAAAACUUGGGCCCAUCAGCGGAGAAAACGGCGGGAACUGCUUAGAAAAAAAGUUGGACAAGAAAACCAAGGAGACUGUCAGACUCAUGAUGAAGAGUUAGCCGCAAAAGAAACAGCAGAAGAUACUACUCUUAAUGACAUCAACUCCCAAGAUGCUUCAGGAGACAAAAGCACAGGUACGGAAAGCUUAAAAGCCAAUGAGACGUUAACAAAUUCUGACGUUUCUCAAGUCACAGAAUUUAAAUCGCGCGAAGAUCCAUCACGAAGUAAUGAUACUCAACAAGGCAGUACUCUCCCCAGAUCUCUCUUGUCGUUCGUGGUUCGAGUUGGGGCUGGUGCUGAGAUAAGUAGUGAGCUGCCACCUGAUUGUGUUGUGCUGGAAAUGACGUGGGUUGACGGACAGGACAAAAACGAUUUAUAUCAGUUAUAUCAGUACUUUCAGAAUAAACUUGUCAGAGGGUUUUAGAGUAUUUUAACUUUAAAUUGGCUUUACGUUUAACACUCAAGAUUUCUUUUUAUUUCGAUUUGAUUUUCGAUUUGAUUUGGGCUCCAUUUCAUUUCGAUCUACGAAAUGUUAAGGUCUAUUUUUUUUUAGCCAGCCAGCUGGUGACUAAAAAACUUUUUUUAGCGCACUAACGCACGUAUUGUUGUCUUCUGUAACGUUCAUUUUAGUUGAAAGCUUACGUUCUUAGUUUCUGCUUGAAUCAAAGGUCACUGGAUUAAAUUCGGAGGAGCGUUACUAACUCAGACAUAAGAUAUCCGUUCUGAUACGCAACCCCCGACCUCCCCAUUCCGGGUUUAGUUAAAACUAGUGACGAUAGCAAACACCUAACGGAAAAUAGGCACUUAAUGGAGUGCAUGUGGUUGUAAAAGUAUGUAUUUUACCAUGACCUGUGGGGUCAUUUGAGUUGUCAUUUCUACUGCAAAUUCAUUGCCAGCUUACGUGCUAUUGUUGCGACUUACGCGCGUGAUGGCAUAGUGGCUACGCAUCUAGAGCG